AAGAUGAAGCUCCCUAACCAAGUCGCGCUGGUAACCGGCGGAGCCAGCGGCAUCGGUCGAGCCCUGGCCCUCGAGCUGGCCAAGGCUGGCGCCCGGGUCUUACUGGCUGAUCUCGACCUAGCCGGCGCCGAGCACACCGCCGAGGUCAUCCGCCGCGACGGUGGGCAGGUCGAGUGUUAUCGACUCGAUGUUACCGACGGCGCGGCCUUCGCGGCGCUGGUGACCGAGGCCAUAGAGCGUCAUGGUCAAAUCGACCUGCUGUUCAACAACGCCGGCGUCGGUGUGACUGGCGAAGUCCGCGACAUGACCUCCCAGGCUUGGGACCGGGUGAUCGACGUCAACCUGCGUGGCGUGAUCCACGGCAUUCAGGCGGUCUAUCCACAGAUGAUUCGCCAGGGACACGGUCAUAUUCUCAACACCGCCUGCGUUGCCGGAUUGGUGCCUUUCCCGAUGACCGCCGCCUACUGCGCGACCAAACACGCCGUCGUUGGCCUGUCGGCGGCGCUGCGCGCCGAGGCGGGGCCGCUCGGGGUGCGGGUCAGCGUGAUUUGUCCCGGUACCGUCGACACCGCGAUGUUCGAUCGCAUCGAAUACUUACGGGUCAACAAGGAGGCUAUGGUCGGCGGCCUGGGGCCGGUGUUGAUGCCCGCCGACCGUUGUGCCCGGGCGAUCCUUCGUGGGAUGUCGCGCAAUCGCUCGAUCAUCCUGAUAACCGGUCACGCUCGCCUGGUAUGGUGGCUCUAUCGGCUGCUGCCGCGGACCUUUCUGGCGGUUUCGGCCGCCGCCUUCCAGCGCCUGCGCAAACGACUACGAGACGCCCCCCAGAAGCCAUGA